GAUCAUCCAGCUGGUGUAGAUGCGCCAUGGCGUAGGCCUUGAGAUGGGAGGGGUAGGUGCCACGGAGGCGCUUUCCGGAACCGAACCACUCGUUCACUUUCGAAACGGAAACGACCCUACCCCUGGCGUCGAGCGGCAGCGAGGGCCAGAUAUCGGCGAGGCGGAGCUCUCCGUGAUACAUUUCAUCGUUUGGGCGAAGAAGUACUGGGGGAAAAGCUUCGACAAGUGGAUCGUUUCAUCGGUAGACACGGACCUAUGGAUGAUAAUUCUACUGCCGAUGACCACUGAUGGGCUUCGGCCUCGUGGCGAGGGGGCGGUUGACGUGACCAUCCAGAAGGUCGUGGGUGGCGAGACCAAGUUCCUGUGGAUGAACAGAGUAUUCGCCAGCAUCUGCGAGCUCCAGGACGGAACCGAGUCCGCGUGGCCGCUAGUGACCUUCAGGAGCUGGUUUCCCACGGACAACGACAAGGUCCGUCUGUUCGUCCUAACAUUCCUGGAGUCGGGCUGUGACUACCUCCCGGCAAUUUCCGGGCUGCCGUUCGACAAGAUGUGGGUACUGGCCCUCAAGAGCGUGCGGACGGAGAUUUUGUUUGACAAGCCGCUGUUCUUCGAGGAGCCGGAUGGCACGUGGGCCAUGCAUGUCGACGAAUGUGCGAAGCUUGUGGCGACCAUGUUCUUCUACAAGGAUGAAGCGGCGUUUGGCACUGCUCAUUUGACUCCAGCCCAGCUGGUCGAAAGUGUUGACGGCGACGUCGAGGGCUACGUGAACGUGAUCCGCUACGCCAUCCUCCAACUACCCAAGAAGAAGACGACAGCCACUUGUCCAUCAUUUUUUUCCUUGCGCAAGCAGGCAGAACGAGGUAACGCCAUCUUCCAGUACUGGCAGCAUGACCUGAGGGAGACCAUGCCGGCGACAGAGUUUGCCGGCCAAGGAUGGAGCGUCGACCCAAGAGGAAAGGGGAGCGACGGCGACGAACUUACAAAGGAGAACUGCGUGCUUGAACUGUCCGAGUAUGCUUACAUUGCUCCUGACCGAAAGACAGUCAAGCUAGCGUGUGGUUUCAAUCCUGACACAGCCCUGUGCACCAGGUGCAGGUGCAAGAACAAGAAGUGCUCGCUCGCUUGCGGCUGCAGAAAUCGUUGCACCCUACGGCGGGCGGCGGCGGCACCCGUGCGUGCAGGGGGGAGGUCUGCGUCGCGGCCUACGGUGGGUGCUUCUCAAACUAGGCGGGUAGAGGGUACCUCCCGACCCCAACCACCCAUCGAGAGUCGACCACAGCCAUCCGACAGUGUUGCCAAUGCCAUGGCACUCUUUGCCGCCUCGAUGAGGCAGCAGGAAUCGCAUGGAGCGGAACAGAACGACGUGGAGGCGGGAUCCCCCGAGUCGCCUGCGAGCAAGGACGUUUCCGCCGGCGAGGCCGCGGAAUCUAAGCGCGCACAGUUGGGGGACCCCGAGUCGGACGAGAAGUGCGACGGUUCGGUCGGUGCACUCGACGAUUUGAUCAAGUUGGAUUCGAGCGAAUCUGGCUCCAGCGAUGGGGAACCUGACGGGGUGAGCGAGAAGAGCGUCGACUCCAACUGGGGUGACGGAGAAACAGAUGAUGAUGGUGUUGCUGAUCUCGUAACCGACGCCUCGAACUGAGAUCUGGCUACUUCUUCAGGCAGGUACCUAUAUCGUUCCUUGGGAUUGGGAUUGGGGAUGUGGUGCCCGGCAUUGUUGCACGUCAGAUCUCCACGUCGUACCGACAGAUCGUGUGGUCAUAUUUAUUCUCCAUAUUUUGAUGACACUUUUCGCGCGUCCUUGUUGGUGGUUGAACAGGUCCGUCCGUGCUUUGCUUCCGUUGGAUGCAUCCGUCCACGAAAUACGACGACCCCCGGGGUACGAGAUAUCAGACGGGCGAACAGCGCGCGCGUUUUCUCCCCUGUAUUUACCUAUCCAAUUGCGCAGGGAGGUGGACGGGGGGGACUAUUUUUCGGCCGCGCUGGGUGUCCGUUGUUUAUUGGCAUGGUAAUUGGUUAAACGCAAACUGCCUGAAAGGUACAGGGGUGCUGUGUGCGUUCCGGCCCUGCCUGUGUCGUUUGUACUGACUGCAAGUAAUGUGUUUGUUGUUUUCUUCAGUUCGGGCAUGAUGUUGAUAAGUGUGGGCAACCCGGGGGGGGCAGUCUUGUGUGCAGUGUUCGUGUGUAAGUAUUUCCUCGCGUUUUCGACACACCCAAUGCUCAGUGCGUACAAUGUAUUCGUGGGCUUUGAGAAAAAAUACGUCAA